AUGUACGUCCCAUCCUCUCCGUUGUCCCUUCACUCUCCCUGUCUCACUGUACCCUGCUCCCACGCUACCGCUGCAUUGGCACCCAAACCGUCCACCUCCCUCCUGGGCCACGCAACGCCCCUCCUCCACGCCUCAGUCUUCAAGACCGCGCAGUACUCCCCGCUCCCGCCUGCGAACGCAGCAAUCGAGACGGUGAAGAGGGCGGAGGACAGCUCAUCUUAA